UCCGCUCCUUUGACCAUGGCGGCUCGCGGUGUGCGCCUGUUGACCCGCUUUUCCCUAUGUGCCCAGAGAAGUCAGGUCCAGCGUCCUUUUGUCCGGCUUCUCAGUUGUGCGGGAACUGUGGCCGCAGACCUCAGAAAGGAAGAGCAGCCUUCGGGGAGCGUGGAGACAGGCUCUGAAGACAGAACUCCCACAAAGAGAUUCUCUGAUUUGCAAAAAGAAAGACGAGAACAGGCGCAGCGGACCGUCUUAAUACUUUGUCCAAAUAAGCUCAGUGAAAAGAAAUUUCUCAAGUAUUUAUCGCAACAUGGACCUAUUAACAAUCAUUUCUUCUAUGAAAGUUUUGGCCUCUAUGCUGUCGUAGAAUUUUGCCAAAAGGAAAGUGUAGACUCACUGCAGAGAGGAGCUCAUGUCCCCAGCGUGGGCGCAGAGGCCGCAAUUCCAUUCAGGUCACGCUUCUUCAACCUAAAGCUGAAGAACCCUUCAAACCAGGCUUCUGGACUGCCAAGUAUACCGCCUAGUCACCACUUGCCUCCUGCAAGCAAGAAGCUUUCUGAAUUACUUUGCUAUGCAGAAAGCAUAGAUGAUCAGCUGAACGCUCUCUUGAAGGCAUUCCAGCUAACAGAGGAGAACACCAGGCUCCGCCAUCUCACCUGCUCCCUUAUUGAAGACAUAGCAGCCGCAUAUUUUCCAGACUGCACAGUCAGACCCUUUGGCUCCUCAGUGAAUACUUUUGGGAAAUUAGGGUGUGAUUUAGACAUGUUUUUGGAUCUCAGUGAAAUUGGAAAAGUCAGCCCUCACAAGACCAUAGGAAAUUAUCUGAUGGAAUUCCAAGUGAAAAAUGUUUCUUCGGAAAGGAUUGCAACUCAGAAGAUCCUGUCUGUGAUAGGAGAAUGCCUUGACCACUUUGGCCCCAGUUGUGUGGGUGUUCAAAAAAUAUUAAACGCUCGGUGCCCACUAGUGAGAUUCUCCCACCAGGCGUCUGGAUUUCAGUGUGACCUGACUACUAACAAUAGGAUUGCUUUGAAGACUUCUGAGCUCCUUUAUAUUUACGGUGCCUUGGACUCAAGAGUUAGAGCCUUGGUGUUCAGCGUACGAUGUUGGGCUCGAGCGCAUUCAUUAACGAGUAGUAUUCCUGGUGCUUGGAUCACAAAUUUCUCCCUUACAAUGAUGGUCAUCUUUUUUCUCCAAAGAAGAUCACCCCCUAUUCUUCCAACACUAGAUUCCCUAAAGGCCUUAGCAGAUGCAGAAGAUAAAUGUAUAAUAGAAGGCAACAACUGUACGUUUGUUUGUGACUUGAAUAGAAUUAAGCCUUCAGGAAACACAGAAACACUAGAGUCACUGCUGAUAGAAUUCUUUGAAUAUUUUGGCAACUUUGCUUUCAACAAAAAUUCCAUAAAUAUUCGACAGGGAAAAGAACAAAACAAACCUGACUCUUCUCCUCUGCAUAUUCAGAAUCCUUUUGAAACUUCUCUCAACAUUAGCAAAAAUGUGAGUCAAAGCCAACUGCAAAAGUUUGUAGACUUGGCCCGAGAAAGUGCCUGGAUUUUACAACAGGAAGAUAAAGAUAGACCUUCUCCGUCAAGUAAUCAGCCCUGGGGGCUGGCAUCCCUACUGCUGCCGUCUGUGAUAAAUAAUAAGUCUCUUGCUGGGAAGAAAAGAAAAAGGCCUGCAAGUGAACGAAUUAAAAACUUGUUAGAGUCCCUAAAAGGUAACAGUUCAGAAGAUUCCACAAACACCAAUGGGAAAAGAACAGUCAGUACCCAGGCAUAAUGGCUGUUACUUUGCUUUAAGAAGCAGUCUUAUCCUACGAAAUGGCCUGUGGGCUACCUGGAAGACCGGUGUGAAACUUGUAUAGGCUUCAACUUUGAUCUGAUGUCACUUUUCACGAUCGUCUCAUUGGCCCCUUUUACCUGGUCUGAAGUUCUGGUACACUCUCAAUCUGAUGAAUACUCAGUGGCACUUUAUUAAAACAUCGGCCAUCAGGAAUAAGUAAAAGAAGAUUAGACGGUACUUUCAACUAAAUGGUUAAACUAUGCAGAAUGAAUGGUAAAAAUCAUUUAAGCAUCAAACUUUUGUUGAUACCAUACCCGUCCCUGAUUAGAAAACAUUUAAAAGGACUUCGAGUUGUGUACAUUAUGUAGACAGUGAAUGCAAUAAAGCUUCAAAAUUUGGUAGAA